GCGGCAACACUAAUCAGGGCAACACCAUACACGAAUUGGGUACGAACAACAUUAAUAGCCAGCCGACAGACACUAAAGUGAUCGAGCACACCACAGGCAACGAAGUACUCAUCAUGAAUACGAGCGACGACGAUCGAACGGCGAGCUUCUUUGCCCAGCCGGGCAUCUUGGCAGCUGUCAUCGGUGGCGCUGUCGUCGGUCUGCUGUGUGCCAUUCUCGUCGUCAUGUUCAUCGUUUACCGCAUGCGGAAAAAGGACGAAGGCUCCUAUGCACUCGAUGAACCCAAACGCUCGCCGGCGGUCAAUUCCUAUGCGAAAAACGCGAAUAACCGUGAAUUUUAUGCCUGAGAUAAUUCCCAACGUUACUAGAGAGAGUGAAGGCGGCAGGCGAUGGCAGAGAAGGAGAUAAAGUGAUGGCAGCAAACUCUUUGCGAAAUAGAAAGCGCCGAAGCAGAAAGAAGGUGAAGAAAGAGAAUAUAAAUAAUGAAAAUAAGCGAAUAAGUAAAUAGUGAAUAGUGAAAAAUAUAAAAAAAAAAAAAAAACAAAUAAAACAGAGAGCAGCAGCAAGAAGCAGUAUGAAACUAAGAGAUAACGAAAGUUUGAGAGUUUUUUAAGGAUUUUGAAGUUUCUCGUUUCGUAUGUAUUUAGAUCAUGUGUACUGCAGCAGGGCUUAAAGUUUAAAUUGAGUUACACACACACACACACACCAACACA